CAGUACUGAGCGAAGCGGCUCCGGAGCCUCAGAGGGGGAGGACUGAGGGAGAGGAGCGAGCCGCCGCCGGAGCCGGAGACCGAGGGAAGGAACCGCCGUGUCGGAUACUAGCAUCUCUACUUCGACCCGCCCGGGAGAUGAAAUCCGCAUUUUAAGCGCGUCGAGAACUUUCCCCCAGCCCGAGAAAAUGACGGUGGAUUUCGAAGACUGUAUUAAAGAUUCACCCCGGUUCAGGGCAAAUAUUGACGAGGUGGAGACUGAGGUUGUGGAGAUAGAGGCAAAACUAGACAAGCUGGUGAAGCUAUGCAGUGGGAUGAUUGAAGCGGGAAAGGUGUACGUGAGCGCCAACAAACUCUUUGUCAACGGCAUCCGGGACCUGUCUCAGCAGUGCAAGAAGGAUGAGAUGAUCUCGGAGUGCCUGGAAAAGUGCGGGGAAAGCCUCCAGGAGAUCAUCAACUACCACAUGAUACUGUUUGAUCAAGCCCAGAGGUCUGUAAAGCAGCAGUUGAACAAUUUUGUGAAAGAGGAUGUCCGCAGGUUCAAGGAGACCAAGAAGCACUUUGAUAGGGUGCGUGAAGAUAUGGAAAUAGCGCAGGUGAAGAACGCCCAGGCGCCGAGGAACAAGCCUCACGAGGUCGAAGAAGCCACCAGCACACUCAGCAUCACCCGCAAGUGCUUCCGACACCUCGCUCUGGACUACGUACUACAGAUCAAUGUUCUCCAGGCGAAGAAGAAAUUUGAGAUCCUAGACGCUAUGCUGUCUUUCAUGCACGCCCAGUACUCGCUGUUCCAGCAGGGCUACAACCUGCUGGAUGAGAUCGACCCGUACAUGAAGAAACUGGCUGCUGAGCUGGAUCAACUGGUGAUAGAUUCAGCCAUGGAGAAGAGGGAAAUGGAGCAUAAACAUGCCACCAUUCAGCAGAGGACCCUCAUGCAGGACUUUUCGUAUGACGACUCUAAGGUGGAGUUCAACGUGGAUGCUCCUAAUGGUGUGGUGAUGGAGGGAUACCUGUUCAAGAGGGCCAGCAAUGCCUUUAAAACCUGGAACAGACGGUGGUUCUCCAUACAGAACAGCCAGCUGGUCUAUCAGAAGAAGCUCAAGGACUCCCUGACAGUGGUGGUGGAAGACCUGCGGCUGUGCUCUGUUAAACCAUGUGAGGACAUCGAGAGGAGGUUCUGCUUUGAGGUCGUCUCCCCCUCCAAGAGCUGCAUGCUUCAGGCUGAAUCUGAGAAGCUGAGACAAGCGUGGAUUCAGGCAGUUCAAGCUAGCAUUGCCUCAGCCUACAGAGAGAGCCCGGGUACCUACUAUAUAGAGCAUCUGGACAGAACCGCCUCCCCGUCCACCAGCAGUAUUGAUUCAGCCAGUGAGCCGCGCGAUCGCAGCACCCGGGGGGAGACCAUCCUGCAGCGAAUCCAGUGCUUGCCAGGGAACGAGCAGUGCUGUGACUGCGGCCAGGCCGACCCUCGCUGGGCCUCCAUCAACCUGGGCAUCCUGCUGUGUAUCGAGUGCUCCGGAAUCCACCGGAGUCUUGGGGUUCACUGUUCGAAGGUUCGCUCACUCACACUGGACUCGUGGGAGCCAGAAUUAUUAAAGUUGAUGUGUGAGCUUGGAAACAGUGUCAUCAACCACAUCUAUGAAGGCUCAUACCAAGAACAAGGUCUGAAGAAACCAUUACCCUCCAGUUCAAGGCAGGAAAAAGAGGCUUGGAUUAAGGCAAAGUAUGUAGAGAAGAAAUUCCUGAAGAAGCUGGGCUCCACAGAGAUACUCAUCAAUGGAGAGAGGAAGCCAGAGCGGCGGUGGAGUGUCAAGAAGUGUCGGAGACACAACAGUGCCACCACGGUACCCAAAACACGGCGAAGAUACCGACAAGAGCCCGGAAGCACCUCACCUUCUACCCUCUCCUCAGCUGCUGCUAAGUUCAGACGAGACUCCCUGUUUUGUCCCGAUGAGCUGGACUCUCUCUUCUCUUACUUUGAUACAGGAUCUGGGCCUCGAAGUCCGGCAGGCCUAAGCAGUGACAGCGGGUUGGGAGGCAGCACAGAUGGCAGCACAGACAUCCUGGUGUUUGGCUCGGUGGUGGACAGCGUCACAGAGGAGGAGUGUGAGGUGUCCGAGGACUCGAGUGGUGAGGCAGAGCUGGAGGCCGAGCCAGAGACGUCGGACCCGGAGGACAUAAGGGACGUUCUUCCUGGAGCGCUGCUGUACAAAGCCUCAAAGGCCCGCAACCUGCCCGUCAUGGCUGAAGCACUAGCUCACGGGGCCGACGUCAAUUUGGUCAACGAUGAGGACGAAGGGAAGACGCCCCUCAUACAGGCAGUGAUUGGGGGUUCAUUGAUCGCCUGCGAGUUCCUGCUUCAGAACGCCGCUGACGUUAACCAAAGAGACACAAGAGGGAGGGGCCCCCUGCACCAUGCCACAUAUCUGGGACACACGGGGCAGGUGUGUUUAUUCCUCAAGAGAGGAGCUACACAGAACGACGGGGAUGAGGAUGGCCAGGAUCCUUUGAGCAUAGCUGUACAGCAAGCCAACGCAGACAUAGUCACACUGCUGCGUUUGGCCAGGAUGAACGAGGAGAUGCGGGAGUCGGAGGGACCCUUUGGACAGCCAGGUCAAUACCCAACCAGCAGUCCCACUGAGCUACAGUAUAAGAAAUGCAUUCAGGAGUUUAUCUGUCUCAAUAUAGCAGAGUGCUAGAAUCAAGCCCGGUCAGGUUGAACCGCAGUGUAAAACCAGUGCAGGGGGUGCCAAGAGUCAUUUGACCGACAGAGAAAGACCUGUUGGGGAUCGUGUGCUUCGAGCUCGAUCGCUCCACUUGCUCUCUCGAAAAAGGGACUUUUUUCACCACCAGAUUAACUUCAUCUCUACAUCGGAUAUAUCCAGAAUAUUUCUAGUGUUCCUCUCCCCAGCACUGUCUGUCUACUUUAGACCAGAAAACCCGAGUCUGCCAGCACUCAGCUCCCCACUCAGGAUCACACAAGAACUCAGUGUUAACCUCCUUUAAAUGAUGUCAGAUUUGAGCAACUGACUUUGCCAAAAAAAAAGAAAAAAAAGAAAAAAAAAAUCAUUGUAGAUGAGCUGUAGUGAAAGCCAAUCAGUCCAAUCACAGCCGACUUGAAAAAUCACUGCCAGGGAAGGGUUAGACACCUUUUUAAAAAAAAGAUUAUCUUGAAGCACUAGUGUCAAGCAAUCAGUAGACCCACAAUAAAGUCAUCAGCAGUGUAUUCGGGACCAACUUUGCCCUUUAUUUGGAGGUUUUAGAGGGUACAGGGUGCUCUGAACCAAAGACCCGCAACGGCACAUUUGUCCCAACAGUUCUAGGUUUAAUUUCAUCGUGUUGUCAUUGUAUGGCUAAGUGGGAGGAGAUACUCUGGGCGCCCUUGGUUCUGGAAGUAACAGUCCCGUUCGUUUUUCUCAUAGACAGUGUUACGUGACUCAGAGUUAAGAGCUCUUCUCUGGCUCGGACCAGCAUGAAAAUCUCCGGGUUCAAUCACCAGUACAAAAUAUUAACAGCUUGCAUGCAUGAGAAAAUGUCCGGCUCUGUGAUUAAAAAAGGCAAAGUCUGUGUACAUAAGAACUUCGGCGUAGAAGUUAACUACGACUCCCGAGGGGCAUUUCGUCAACAAACGUCCAAUCACAGAGCAUAAAGUGAACAAGUUAAACAAUUUUGCUUUUAAAAAUCUGGGUCAUUUUUGGGUGAAUUCAGCGACCGUGGCGCCGUCUUUUGUUCCCAAACUGCAAUCACGAAGUAUUUGGAAUAAGUUCGCACCUCUAGCUGGACGGCGGCCGAGGCUCAUGGGUAUUGCAGUGUUUAAAGCCGUCCACCGUGCCAAAAUGAUGGACCGGACAUGAUUUUUCUCAGAAACAAAGUAGAAAUAAUUGAAACCGAUGGUCAUAACGUACACCUAUAUGAGUGUUACACCAUCCAGAAGAGUCUUAAUGAAUAAAAAAAUUGAAAUGGGAAAUACAGAAUGGGGGGAAAAACACCUCUGGAACCAGCCCUCCCACUUCACAGGUCUCUACAGUACUUGUAGCACAGAUGAGUGAGGGAUUAACGCCAAACUGACGAGUACAGGGUGACGCAGCCAAUCCCCGUGCCUGUGAUCAACUAAAUCUGAUCUGGCUGUGCUUCUUUCAAUUACCGUAGGGUCUGUCGUUCAUGCACCUGCGACAAAAUGGCGGUAGCGCUCUUUCUUUUACAUUGUGACGGUCGUGAAGGGGUAACCGUGAGGCUUUGAUAACUGUGACUGAGAGUAAAUGAUCAUGGAAUCAUUUCUCCGUAUUGAUCGAGAGAUUGAUCAAGUGAAGCUUUUAUGUUUAAUUAAAAGCGAAAUUAUGCACUUUUUCUUACCAACAGUGUUUUGAAUUUUCUUUUAGCUCUUAUGUUGAUGUACCUUCAUUUUAUUUUUCU